AUGUCCUCAAAAAGUAACAUUACCAAACGCGGCACUCCCCGGCGUCGCAAAAUCGCGCUAGCUUGUGAGACCUGCAGAGACAAAAAGGUACGAUGUGAUGGAGAGAAGCCGAUCUGUGGGCCUUGUGCUCGACGAUCCUAUGCAAUUGAACAAUGUGUAUACAAGAUCGAGAAUGCACGUUCUGCGAGUAACGAUGCUUAUCUCAAGGUCCUGCAUGACCGAAUUCGGGAGCUUGAGGAAACAUGUGCCCGUAACGGGGUUUCUGUUCCUCGAGCAUCAUCCCAUGAUAUCCAGGAAGGACAGAGUAGAGGUCCAAGUGCUUCUCAAGAGCCACAGUCGUCCUCUAAGACACUCGAUACAGAGUCCAGGACUUCCGUAGCGGCCGAAGGGCUCCUGGGACUGGGCUCGACAGCAUCCUUGGCCGGUUUCCGACACCCUUCUUUGGCGUCAAUUCUUUCACCGACAGCCGCACCUCAACAGACGACUAGAGCUUCCAUGCACUCCAACCAAGCAACCAGAAGAUCAUCCGGGCAUGUAGCCGGUACCCCACUGGAAAAUCCAGGUUCGGGAAAUGUCUAUCCGUCACCCUCACUCAACUCACAUGGAAACGUUACGGCGAUGGGGGCAAUUUCCGCCGGCGAUGAUGGAGAAUGCACCGAUUCUCCACGAGAUCAAUAUUAUGGCAACUCAUCCGUAGCGUCUUUCAUGCGGCUCGCCGGGGAUUCAAUUCCCAUACGGUCAUAUUUGCAGGCCUUGAAGCGCAAAGAAGAUGAUACUCCAGGAGGUUCUUAUGGUGAUGCAGGACUGUGGCGUGAUAUCAACUUUCCCACUACCGGUCUCCAGUUUGAUGACUAUUCCCUGCCUCCACGGCCCUUGGCAGACCAUCUUCUUGAAUGUUUUUGGGACCGAGUAUAUUGUCUAUACCCCUUCUUCCAUCGUCCCAGCUUCGAACAAGCCUAUGAGAACCUUUGGGGUUCCAGUAAAUGGGCCAAGCCAGAGCUGCCUGAACUCAACAUCGGACUCGGAGGGACCUUUGACUCGGGACAUCAGUCGAUAGUGUUUCAUUGUGCACUCAACGCGAUAUUCAGUCUUGGAUGUCAUUUUUCUGAUAUUCCUGCAGCAGAGAGGGAGGCAGCCGCAUACUCCUUUUUCCUCCGGUCCAAACGAUUUGUUGGUCUUGACCUUUUAGAUACCGGUACGAUAGGGGUCGUUCAAACUUUGUUGAUCAUUUCGCUACUGCUCCAAAGUACGCCGUAUCCGAAUCGGUGUUGGAAUGCGAUCGGUGUUGCGUGUCGGGUUGCGCUUGGUCUAGGCUUGCAUGAAACGGCGACUCAAUCCUCGCUAAAACCACUUGAAAAAGAAAUUCGGCGGCGAACUUGGCACGGAUGUGUAAUCAUGGAUAUGAUCGUGAGCAUGACCUUUGGUCGACCCAGUAUGACGUCCCAGGUCUCACCGACGCCUCUUCCUGUGAUGGAACCCCAAUCCCAAUCAGAUGAUCCAUGCGAGCUCAGCGGCCAAUUUUGUGAUCAUCAACUUGGAUACAUGACAUUCUAUGUCUCCACUAUUGAGCUUUACAAGAUUCUCGAAUCCAUUCUGUCUGACAUCUACAAUACCUGGCAAAGUCACUCGAAUUUUCAACGCCCCGCAUCGCUCCGAGAUUCUAAACACAGCAGCCUGGAUGUCAUCAUGGAGCUUGACGACAAAUUAUCUUCAUAUGAAGCAAAUGUCCCCUCCGUCCUAAAUUGGACCAACGGACAAGCAUCCCACAUCUCUACGAGUCAGCAAGGAUCCAUCUUCAAGCGCCAGCGUAAUGUUCUUCGUGCAAGGUUUAUCCACCUUCGCCUUCUCUUAUACCGGCCUAUGUUCACACAACUCUGUUCAGACCAACGGGCAGGCCUUGCACGACAAACCGGGCCAGAAGCAAACACGGAUAUCCCACGACAGGAGAAGAACGUAAUAUACUCUUCCAUGUCUGUUAACUGCGCAGCGGCCUGUGCAACAGCUGCCAUGGAGUUGGUCUCGCUCGUCUACGAGACAUAUAGGACCUCGCUGACAGAUGCGUGGUGGUACAAUGGCUUCUAUACAUCAACUGCCGGCUUCGUACUGAUCAUGUCUUACACUUGUCGCUCGAUCCUGGACCAGGUCGAUAUGCAGGCCGUCGACACCGCGUGGCAGAGAUGCGAGGAGAUCCUAACAAACAUGGCAUCUUUUAGUUUAUCCGCACGCAAUUCUCUGCAAUUCCUACAGGUUACCCACCAGUAUAUCAUGCAGAACUACACAGUGGCACCGAGAAGUGAAGGAUCUCGCACGUCUGCACCCGCCCAGCCACAGGCAUAUGAACGAAGUGCUCGGCAGCAAGCUCUUUCUAUUCAACUUGCAGAUCCCAUGUCAGAAGAAUCGAGCUCCCUGGACCCCGGAUCCAAUCAUGCUCCCAACAUCCAUCCAUUCAUGAGUUGGGAUGAGAUGGGUCUGGGCCAGGAGGAGUUUGGAUUCCUCGGAAGAUUCGAUCUGCCCGAUCUCGCCAGCUGGUUCUCUGAUAUUCCUGACAUUCCCUGA